UAAACAAACUCGAAUUCAUGAUAUAUGCAAACUACACUAUCAUGCUAAUUCGUUAUUAGCAAGUACGAAUUUUGUUUUCCUGGAAACUAAUGUUUAUAAGGCUUUAGUGAUGUGUAAUAAUUUAUUGAUAAAAUAGUUGCGCACUAUCUUUAUUACAUGAGUAUUCAAUUAGCCUACAUUUAGGAAUGGUAUUUCAUGGUAUGCUUUAACACUGAACUGUGUGUAUUGUAUUUUGGAAAAUGCAUUUGAAACAUAUAAAAACUGUUUUGUCUGCUCAGGAGGGACCAGCCCGGAUAAUGGCCAUAGCUUGGUCGCCCAACAAUUUAAAACUUGCUGUUUGCAAUGCUGAUCGAGUGAUCGUGCUGUUUGAUGAAAAAGGAGAGAAGCGGGACAAGUUUCCUACAAAACCAUCAGAUUCCAAGAAUGGAAGAAAAAGUUACGUUGUCAAAGGAUUGGCGUUUUCUCCUGACUCAACCAAACUAGCUGUCGGCCAGUCAGAUAACAUCAUCUUUAUUUACAAAUUGGGUGAGGAUUGGGGUGACAAGAAGGUGAUAUGUAACAAGUUCAUACAGCAGUACCCUGUCACUUGCUUGGUGUGGCUGACAGAGGGACCAGUGGUCUACGGACAGAUGGACGGCAAGGUGCGGGCUGCCCACGUCAAGGCCAACAAGUCCCAGACGCUCUAUGCCACAAACUCUUAUGUUGUGGCACUAUCUACUAAUAUCAGAGGCACAGGGUUCCUGUCUGGACACGUUGAUGGAACUAUUGUUCGCUACUUUGUUGCUGAGGACAACUCAGGGGCGGAGCAGCAGGGUCGGGUAGUUACACAUCCUGUUCCUCCAUACGGGCUGGCCUGGGCAGCUGGUCACGUCGUUGCAGCUGGGUGUGAUCGUCGUGUCACCGUGUACGACAGCAGUGGUCGUGUCGUUCGGCAGUUCGACUAUGGUACUGAAAGAGAAUUCACCAUCGCCUGUUGCAGUCCAAGCGGCCAGGCUGUUGCCAUCGGCAGUUAUGAUAGGGUACGGGUGUUCUCAUGGAGUCCGCGGAAGGCUAGUUGGCAAGAGGAACCCCCGAAGGAAAUUCCAGAUCUCUACACAGUCACUGCACUUGCAUGGAAGCGUGAUGGUUCACGUGUUGCUUGUGGAGCUCUUUGUGGCUCAGUCGAGCUAUUUGAGUCAGUCCUUAAGCGGACAGUAUGGAAAGAUAAGUUUGAGAUGACAUACGUGGGGCCGAGCCAGGUGCUAGUUAAACCUCUGCAAGGUGAUGCUCGAGGAGUCAUACUCAAGUCUCAGUUUGGACAUGAGAUAGAUGACGUCCGGAUCAUGGGCCAGGAUAGGUACCUAGUGGCACGGACUCCUGACACUCUGUUGUUGGGAGAUCUCCAGCGUAACCUGCUGAGUGAGGUGCCAUGGCCUGACACGGGGAGGCUGGAGAGAUUCUACUUGGACAACCCCAAUGUCUGUCUCAUCUUCAAUGCCGGGGAGCUCAGUCUGGUUGAGUACGGCACCAACGAGAUUCUGGGAUCUGUCAGAACGGAGUUUAUGAAUCCACAUUUAAUAAGUGUGAGGCUGAAUGAACGCAGACAACUCAACACCAGCGAAGAAAACAAGAAGUUAGCCUACCUGCUUGACUUGAAAACGAUUUGUAUUGUUGAUUUGGUGUACGGGAUGACCCUCCUGCAAGUAUCACAUGACUCCAAGAUUGACUGGUUAGAGCUCAAUGAGACAGCCCACAAGCUACUCUAUCGUGACAAGAAGAUGAGAUUGACUCUGCUAGAUUGUCGCACGGGCCAGCGCCAUGCAAUUCUCAGCUAUUGCACAUUUGUACAGUGGGUUACUGGUAGUGAUGUGGUAGUGGCUCAGUCCAGAAACAACGCCUGUGUCUGGUAUAAUAUCGACACUCCAGACAAAGUAUCCAUGUUCCCUGUGCGAGGUGAGAUCGUAGAUGUGGUGCGGGGUGAUGGCAAAACUGAGAUUCUGACACAGGAUGGUAACCAUCAGCUGGGGUAUGAACUAGACGAAGGCCUUGUGGAAUUUGGGACUGCAGUCCAUGACAGUGACUUUGGCCGAGCCAUACUCUUCCUGGAGUCUCUGGGGCCAGGGGUGGAUGCAGACGGCAUGUGGCAGAACCUUGCCGACAUUGCGUUGCAAUUAGGCAACCUUCGUGUGGCUGAGCGAUGCUAUGCAGCUCUUGGUGACAUGUCACGCACUCACUACUUGCGUGAGACGCUGCAAGUUGCUGCAGACUUUGCCAAGCAACAUGGAGGGGAUGGGAUGGACUGUCCCGAGGUGUGGGCAAGGAUGGCAGUGCUGAACAAGCAGCUGAAAACUGCAGAGGCAAUCUACUUGGAACAAAAUCAACUACAGAAGGCACUGGAUAUGUACAUAAAGCUUCACAAGUGGGAGGAAGCUAUAGUUUUAGCAGAGUUGAAGGGCUACUCUGGUCUAGGAGAGCUACAGGCCAGACACCUGCAGUGGUUGCUGGACACCAGGCAAGAGGAGAAGGCUGCUGAGUUGAAGGAAAAGUCACGAGAGUAUACUACUGCUCUUUCACUGUACCUCAAAGCAGACAUGCCAGCAAGAGCAGCCAGACUGGUGCAAAGUGUGCCUGAACUACUGGGUAACGAGGAGGUUGUGUCUCGUGUAGUGGCAGCCUUGCUGAAGGGAGAACACUUCCAACAGGCUGGCCAACUGUAUGAAGCCACCAAUCGGACUGAUAAGGCAUUGGAGUGUUACAGGCGUGGACAUGCCUAUGCCAAAGCUGUCGAGUUGGCCCGUUAUGUAUCCCCGAAAGAGGUGGUGAUACUGGAGGAACAGUGGGGUGAUUUCUUGUCAACCAACAAGCAGCUGGAUGCUGCCAUCAGCCACUACAUAGAGGCGGGUAAGACAGUCAAAGCUCUGGAUGCUGCUCUGGGUUCUCGCCAGUGGAAGAAGGCUGUGCAGAUUAUACAGGUGAUAGAAGACACGAGUCUGGUGGCCAAACACUAUGCACAGUUGGGGCGGCACUUUGCCUCUGUCAAGGACUACAAGUUGGCUGAGCAGCUUUUCUCGCAAGCAGGACUUUUCCGAGACGCCAUAGAAAUGUACAUACAUGCAGGGGACUGGGACAAAGCACACACCCUGGCCACUCGCUACCUGGAGCCUGAUCAGGUGACACGCAUCUUCCUGAAACAGGGUCAGUCACUGGAGGCCGUUGGGAAACUCCGAGAGGCAGAGAAGCUUUAUGUGGCCGUUGACCAGCCUGACAUGGCCAUAGCAAUGUACAAGGCCCAACGACAGUAUGACCAGAUGAUGCGGCUGGUGAAGCAACAUCACAGUGAUCUGCUGGCCACCACUCACCUUCACUUGGCUCAACAGCUGGAGUCUGAAGGAAACUUGAGAGCUGCGGAGAGCCACUAUCUCGGAGCCGACCAAUGGAAGCUGGCUGUCAAGAUGUACCGUUCACUUGACAUGUGGGAGGAGGCGUACAGGGUGGCCAAAACAGCAGGUGGAGAACAGGGAGGUCAGCAGGUGGCUUUUCUGUGGGCCAAGUCCCUUGGCGGUGACUCUGCAGUCAAACUGUUGUCCAAGUUUGGCCUCCUGGAAACAUGCAUCGACUAUGCCUGUGACAGUUAUCAGUUUGAGUUUGCAUUUGAACUGGCCAAGACAGGGAUGAAGACUAAGACAGUAGACAUCCAUUAUAAGUACGCUAUGGCACUGGAGGAUGAUGGGAAAUUCCAGGAAGCAGAGGAUCAGUUCAUCAAGGCUGGCAAACCUAAAGAGGCUGUCAUGAUGUACAUGCACAACCAGGACUGGGAGAAUGCGGAGAGGGUGGCGCAGGAGCAUGAUGAGGAAUCUCUAGCCCAGGUGCUACAUGCUCAAGCCAAACAAGCUUUUCUGGACAAGAACUACCAACAAUUUGAGUCACUACUACUCCGAGCUCACAAGCCUGACCUCAUUGUCAAGCAGUAUCAGGAAGCUGGGCUGUGGGUGGACGCUCUCCGAGUGUGCAGAGAGUAUCAACCAGCAAAGCUGUCCACCCUACAAGCUGAGUAUGAGAGAGAAGUUGGCUCCCGGGGCGCUCGUGAUGUCAGCUCCAUUCUCAGUCAGGCUCAUCAAUGGCAGCAAAGUGGGGAGUACAAGACAGCAGUUGACUGUUACCUGAGGGUGAACAACAAUAACUGUCGAGACAGCGGAACUGUUCUCAAGGCACUCACAGAGGCUGCUCAGAUAACGAACAAGUUCUUGGAGGGCGAAGAGGGUUUUGCUGCUGCCAGGACUAUUUGCCCGAGACUAAUAGAGAUGAAACAACACAGUUUGGCAGCUCAAACAUAUCUGGCUGUUGAUCUCACCAAGGAGGCCAUUGAUACCUUCAUCUCUGCUGAAGAGUGGGGCAAAGCAAAGAAAGUUGCUAGGGAAUUUGAGCCAGGGCUAGAGGUAUAUGUGGAGGAGAGGUACAAGGAGUCACUACGGCGACAGGGGCGGGCUGACCAGUUGGCUGAUGUGGACAUCAUCUCUGCCCUGGAUCUGUUGUGUGAACAAGGACAGUGGGCCAAGUGUCUGGAGACAGCCAAGCCACAUGGACCACAGGUUCUGCACAAGUAUGUCGCUCUCUAUGCCACUCAACUGAUCAAGGAAGGAAACACGAUGAAAGCACUGAAUCUGUACUCGCAAAUGGGGUCUCCAGCUUUACCUCAGAACUACAACAUCUACCGCCGGAUCAGUAUGGAUAUCAUAGCCUCGCCAGAUCUGUCCGGAACAGAUGCCUACAGCACUUGGGCUCGCCUUCGCAACAUGCUGUAUAAACUGACUGAAGGCAUGACGAGUGGCUCAGAUGCGGGAAGUGCCACUCACUACGAAUUUCGCAUAUUGCUUCUAAUCGCUCAUUACUGUGCACUCCGUGUUGUAUUGGCUAGCAUCAAGGGUAUGGCAGGAUUGGCGGCGAAUAUCAGCUGUGCUCUGCUGCGCCACUCGGAUGUUAUUCCAGCUGACAAGGCAUUUUAUGAGGCCGGCAUGCAUACGCGGGAGGUGGGCCGUGACAGCGAGGCAUUUGUGUUCCUCAAUCACUACCUUGACAUCGUGGAGGCUAUAGAGGAUGGCAGUUUGGAUUCCUUGGAUUACUCAGACUUUGGCAACACAGACUUUCCACAGGAGAUACCCCUGCCUGCUGCAGCCUACCUGGCACCAUCUGAACAUGAACAGGUCAAGGAGUGGGUACUGGCUGUCUCCAUGGACCAGAGUGUAGAGCAGGUGCUACCAGUGGAUGGAAGAGGAUUGUACCCAUCAGCUCUGAUUGGCCCAGACUCUGCAGCCACCCCUCUCUCACCAUGCAUUGUCUCUGGCUAUCCAGUCUUUGGUGUGCCGUCACAGGCCGUCGCUUUCAAGCGUCCUGGAUGUGUCGCCAACCGCGAUGACUGGAACCAGCUCACCAUGGCUGCCAAGCUGGCCCCUACUAACACCGACCUCCAGGAUGUCCUCGGCUUCAUCUCCGAGUGGUGUGGAGCUUUGCCUAAUUUCUCAUUUUGAAGAAAUGUUCAAAGAUUUAUACUUUUAUUUUUUAUAAAAUAACUGUUUCAUGUAUGGUUUUGAUUAAAAAUAUGUUUACAUAUUCUUCUUUGUAUCAAUUAAAAAGCUGUAGAAACUGUGGAUACUGAUAUAAUCUAUAUUAUAGUACAACUACUGUUACUACGAAGAUAUAAAAUUAAUAGUCUUUAUAAUAAUUUGUGGUAAUAUUAGUAGUUUAUAACUCAAUCCCCUUUAGUGUCUUAUAGGCUCAUCAUAUCUGAUGGGGUCUAGUUAUACAAAGCUAAUAUUACCAAGAAUGAUCAUAAAAAAAUAACUAUACUUCUGUGUGGAUGAUGUUAUACACUACUAUUUAUAUAUGCUAUAUAUAUAUAUAUAUAUAUAUAUAUAUAUAUAUAUAUAUAUAUAUAUAUACAUAUAUAUAUUAUUUAUUUAUCUUUCUACACAAACAGUUAACUCUCAAUUAUCUGUAGCAUUUACUGAUGCAGUUACUAUGGGUGAAAGAACUUCACAAAUAAUUGCCAAUAGUAGAUAUGAAGCAGAAGAUAAUGUCUAAACAUAGCUAAUUCCUGGAGUUUAUCGGUUAUUAUUGCAAUGAAAGAAAUAAUAAUAUCUUAGUAUUAAUUUAAUUAAAUAUUAUUAAUUUACAAAUAAUCACAAAUUUAUAUUCACAUAGAGUUAUUAAUUCACGAUUGUGUUUUAAUAAAUGAAAACUACAUUAUGUUCAUAAACAGUACUUUCAAGAUUUUUGUUGUUUAAAAACCUGGUUAACCACUUUUACUUCAUGUUAAAGUACUUUUUAUUAUAUCUAUGAUUGAAGUUACUUUAACAACAUGUUGUCAUAAAACAAUGCUUCAGUCAUUUUCUGCGAGCUAUAUGAAUAAAUUUGUCAAUGUAAUCCUGUGCUGUA